AUGCCUCGCACCAUGCCCCUAGGGGAGCCCACCCCGCCCCUCGAAGAAAUUUGGAGUAAUCGCUUUUCACCUAAGGCGAUAUCGACGAAUCCGGCCAUCGCUAUCCUUGAUGUCGAACGCAACGAAUUAGCCGCAACAUGGAAAUCUUUUGGCCUCCAUAUUCCCGCCGAAGAUCGCGUGGUCUGGGAGAAGCGGCCACAGACGGCUCGUGACCUCCAGGCCCUGGUGCUUCAACUCCAGGCUGCUUGGAGCUCCAGCCCUAAACCACGUAUUUUCAACCAUGCGAGCGCUCUCUGUGAUCAAUUUUUGGCUACCCUCGAAUCUCAUGCCUCCUUACUCGCCAUACUUCCCGAUUCCGCCAUCUUCCACACCCCUCUCCUGUAUGGAGUCUUGCAGUCGGUUGUUAAAGCCGCUUCAAAUUACUCUACAAUGAUGGAAGGCCUCAUUACUGCUUUGUUGGAUAUGGAUAUUGCCGUGCAGGCCAUGAGGGGAAACAAGGACCCUGUCCCGGUCGAAUCCGUCGCCAAGGUCUACUCGUUGAUUUACCUAUUCCUGACCGAGUUUAUGGAUUGGUAUGUGAGACGAUCUACCUGUCAACUAUUGAACAGCCACGGUCAGGACACAUAUUCCGUCUUCCGACCUUUGGCCAGCUGCAUCCAAAGGCAGGCCACAACCCUCACUGCACCAGCCGAUGCCAUGGACUUGAAUUCAGAUGAACCAGUAUAUAGUCCCCGGGCUCUCUGGGAAGAAUCUCAACUGAGCCAAUUGGGACGGGUCGGCGACGAUCGCCGACAUGCAGCACAGAACACAAUGACCCGCCGGUUAAUAUGGGAUAUUCAGCAAGAUGCAGAAAAACGAUCUCGGCUUAGGGAGAUGCGCGAUCAUCUGUUGACUGACUUACAGGCCGCGGUCGGUCCACAACUCCACCCCAUCGGCGAGCAGAACAAUGGUGCUAUCUGCAUGACUGCAACUGCGCCAGACCUGGUGACGCCCCAGUUUGAAUGGUCGCGCGGGUCGAAGCGCCGUAUCGGUCGACUUGAACUGCAAAGUGAAUCUAAACACCUACAGGCUUUCUUCGACAGCGACGACCAGAUCUCCGAUCUCGAACCGGAUGCCAAAAUUGUUGUCGAGGGCAGUGUCAUCCAAUCCAUGUAUAAGUGGAGUACCAGCCCUCGAUCCCAUUCCCUGGCAAUAGGCGGGCCUCUUUCGACCGCCACUUUGAGUCCUGUGGGUUUUCUUUCGGCGUGCUACACAUCUUGCGCUCGCAUGUCGCAACUACCGGUCAUCUCCCAUUUUUGCGCACUUCCGACGCAGCCCAUACAAGGCCAGACCCUCCGCGAACAGGGAAUCAUUGCCCUAGCGUAUAGUUUGAUCCGACAGCUGAUCGAUUUACUCCCUACAAUGGUGGACAGCGAUGCGCUGCUUGAUCUAAGUGCAGAACGGUUCCGUACAUUAGAUGGGACCUUGGCCACUUGGGCUGCCGCGUUGUCACUGAUUGAUACGCUGCUCCAUUUCUCUCCGCCUCUGCUCAUCUGCAUCAUCGAUGGUAUUGACGUGAUCCACGAUGCCUCAACGGAUGUUAUCCUGCGUGAGCUGAUCCGCGUUUUGCUCACUCACACACGCCAUCAGCCACCAGUCAUCGGCGACAAGCCGGGACCAGCUUUCCUGUUCAAGGUACUUUUCACCGUUGCCGGAAGAAUCCCUGCUCUGAUCGAGACGAUGUCAGAGAGUGACCUGAUAUUAAACGAGUCAGUCCUGGCCAAUGAGCCCUCGACAUCAGAUGCCGUCCUCACCACCGAAGCUGGCGCGGUCAUGAUGAAUGCUUGA